GGUGGAGAAUUGAAAUGCGAAGUGCAUUGCGUCUGUUAUAUAUACAUUCACUCUAAUUUUUUCUCUAAAAUUCAUCAAUUUCGAGUCGAUUAUCAGCUCAUCGGUCAACAUGGGAAGUAAAUGGAAACCAAUAUCACUUUUCAUGCUCUUCUCAAUCCUUUUGUGUACUCCGGCCUUUUCCACAUCAAACGACGGACUUAUUAGAAUCGGAUUGAAAAAAGUCAAAAUCGAUGAAACCAAUCGAAUUGCUUCAAGACUCGGUUUUCAAGAAAGUGAAUCUUUAAAAGACUCAAUUAGGAAGUAUACACAAAGUGUAAACAACAUGGGUGGGACCCAAGAUCCUGAUAUCGUGUCACUAAAGAACUAUAUGGAUGCUCAAUAUUUUGGUGAGAUUGGCAUCGGCACCCCACCUCAAAAAUUUACAGUGAUCUUUGACACCGGUAGCGCCAACUUGUGGGUCCCAUCAUCAAAAUGCUUGUUUUCGGUAUCUUGCUUUGUCCAUGCUAAAUAUAGGUCAAGUCGGUCACAAACCUACAAAGUCAAUGGGAAACCCGCUGCAAUUCAAUAUGGUACCGGAUCAAUAUCUGGAUACUUUAGUGAAGACAAUGUUCAAAUUGGUGAUCUAGUUGUUGAGGAUCAGAUGUUCAUCGAGGCAACAAGAGAGCCUGGUGUCACAUUUUUGGCUGGUAGGUUUGAUGGUAUUUUAGGGCUUGGAUUCAAAGAAAUCUCUGUUGGAAAUGCUGUCCCAGUUUGGUACAACAUGAUCGAUCAACAUCUAGUUAAGGAGCGUGUAUUUUCAUUUUGGUUGAAUCGAAAAUCAAAGGAAGGUGAAGGGGGCGAAAUCGUCUUUGGUGGAGUUGAUCCAAAACAUUACAAGGGACCACAUACCUAUGUUCCUGUCACACAAAAGGGUUAUUGGCAGUUUGAUAUGGGAGAUGUACUUAUUGGUGGGAAACCUACCGAGUUUUGUAAGAGCGGAUGUUCGGCGAUUGCAGAUUCGGGAACUUCAUUGAUUGCGGGUCCCACGAGUGUGAUCGAUCAGAUAAAUCUUGCGAUUAAUGCUGCUGGAAUUCUAAACGAGGAGUGCAAGUCAGUGGUUAAACAUUUCGGAGGCCAACUCUUUGAUAUGCUUACUGCAAGCCAGGUUGCACAACCCAGGUCUGUAUGUGCCCGUCAUGGAAUUUGCCCUCCUCGCCGCAGGGUCAAUAUUGGCAUUAAGAGUGUGGUAGACAUGAGCGAUGGUGUAUCAUCUGGACUUCAGGAAAAUCGCACAUGCAUGGCAUGUGAGAUUAUAGUGCAAUGGUGGCAUAACCAACUUGCUGACAACCUAACACGCAACAACGUUUUUAAAUUAGGCAGCGAUCUAUGUAACCAGGUUCCACGUGCAAAAGCAAUGGAAGAGUCAACAGUUGAUUGUGGAAAACUUGCUUUUCUGCCUACUAUUUCAUUUACCAUUGGUAGCAAAGAAUUUCAACUUUCACCCGAUGAUUACAUACUUAAGGUUGGCGAGGGUGCUGCCGCAGAGUGUAUUAGUGGUUUCAUUCCAAUGGACAUUCCUCCUCCCCGUGGCCCGCUCUGGAUAUUGGGUGAUGUGUUUAUGCGUCGAUACCACACUAUAUUUGAUUAUGGUAAUGCAAGAGUUGGAUUUGCAGAAGCUGCGUAAUUAUAAAUGGGAGUUUGAGUGAACUUAUUUUCUUUGGUUGUCUUGUAACACAAAGUGUAAUGUUUAAUUUUAGUAAUGUGCUGAAAAGAGCUUUUAAUGUAAAUACAUUGGUCUUGCGUUGUAAGCUUAAAAAAUAUUUCCUUCACUA